AAGAAAAAAAGCCUUCUUCCUCAAGAAACCUCAAACCUUUUCUGCUCUGUUUUCCCUCAAGACUCCCACGCUCGCUCUCCAGUUCUCUCUCUCUCUCUCCCGCUCUCCGUUCAUCGCACACCCUCAUCAUUCAAGCCGGUUCUAGGGUUUUCAUCGAAUUGCAUCGAAGAUGUUUCUCACUAGGACUGAGUAUGACAGAGGAGUCAACACGUUCUCUCCUGAAGGGCGGUUGUUUCAGGUUGAAUAUGCCAUCGAAGCCAUCAAGCUGGGUUCAACUGCAAUUGGGUUGAAGACAAAAGAAGGCGUCGUUCUUGCAGUUGAGAAACGUAUCACUUCGCCACUGCUGGAACCCAGCAGUGUGGAGAAAAUCAUGGAAAUUGAUGACCAUAUAGGAUGUGCCAUGAGUGGGCUGAUUGCUGAUGCUCGAACACUUGUUGAGCAUGCACGUGUGGAAACUCAGAACCAUAGGUUCUCCUAUGGUGAGCCAAUGACUGUGGAGUCUACAACCCAAGCUCUUUGUGAUCUGGCCCUACGAUUUGGCGAAGGUGACGAAGAAUCCAUGUCUCGACCUUUUGGAGUUUCUCUUCUCAUUGCUGGCCAUGAUGAGAAUGGCCCUAGCUUAUACUAUACUGAUCCAUCUGGUACGUUUUGGCAAUGCAAUGCAAAAGCUAUUGGUUCGGGUUCAGAGGGUGCAGACAGCUCUCUGCAAGAGCAAUACAACAAGGACAUCACUCUUCAAGAAGCUGAAACCAUUGCUCUUUCUAUUCUGAGGCAGGUUAUGGAAGAAAAGGUGACCCCCAAUAAUGUUGAUAUUGCAAAGGUGGCUCCAACAUACCAUCUGUAUACCCCUUCGGAGGUGGAAGGUGUCAUUAAUCGCCUAUGAGUAUGAUUCAUCGCAUGGAAAAUUAUCCCCGAGUUUCUUCUCCUAUUGUGACAAGACUGUUUAAUUACUUUGUUUGGGGAAAGAUUGUAUUUGUUUCUGCUUGGGGACUCAUUCUGCGAUAUGGUACUGUGGUGUGGUGCCUAGUUGCGGGUCCCAUAAAUGUAUCCUACUCGAUCAAGGUGAAAUCUCCAGAUGGAGUCUGGAAGCAUUUCAUAGGAACCGAACAGAAAACUGCUGCUUGGCGAAUGCUGGCUGGCAGGUAAACAUGCUUGGUUAUCUGAACUUGCUGAGUUUAGAUAUGCAAACUUGAGGAACUCCACUCGAUAUAGUAGUCUACUUUGUUUGCUUCUUGAUUAUGCUUAAAAUUUGAUUUUAGGCCA